UGCCUGUCAAGAGGAUCGGAUAUACAAUCCUGUUUGCUGAGAAUUAUCUGAACUCCAAAAGGACAAACACUCACUCUCAGUGUUUCCCCCCCCCCAUUUGUUGGACUGGACUUUCCUUCUCCCCUGCUUUCACUUUGCUUUGGACAGAAGGGAGAAGGGAGGAGGACGCAUCGUCCAACAUGAACGUCACCUCGCUCUUCUCCUUCACCAGUCCGGCUGUCAAACGACUGCUGGGUUGGAAGCAGGGAGAUGAGGAAGAGAAAUGGGCAGAAAAAGCGGUGGAUGCUUUGGUAAAAAAACUGAAAAAGAAGAAGGGAGCCAUGGAGGAGCUGGAGAGGGCUCUCAGCUGCCCGGGUCAGCCCAGUAACUGUGUGACAAUCCCACGCUCCCUCGACGGACGGCUGCAGGUGUCCCAUCGGAAAGGUCUGCCGCACGUCAUUUACUGCAGAGUGUGGCGCUGGCCCGACCUGCAGUCCCACCAUGAGCUGAAGGCCCAGUGCUGCGAGUACCCCUUUGGCUCCAAGCAGAAGGAUGUCUGUAUCAACCCUUACCACUACAAACGAGUGGACAGUCCAGUGUUGCCACCUGUUCUGGUACCAAGGAACAGUGAAUUCAACGCCAAGCAUACGAUGCUGCCUCGCUUCCGCAACCCUCUGCAACAGAAUGAGCCGCACAUGCCCCAGAAUGCCACCUUCCCAGAAUCCUUUGCUCAGGCCAAUACCAUGCCCCCCAAUUUCCCACAUUCGCCGGGAAACAGCUAUCCAAACUCACCGGGAAGUGGCAGCAGCGCCACCUUUCCUCAUUCACCAUCCAGCUCGGACCCUGGCAGUCCAUUCCAGAUGCCAGAGACUCCCCCUCCUGCCUACAUGCCUCCAGAGGAGCCCAUUACUCAGGAUUGCCCCCAGCCUAUGGACACCAACCUAUUAGCUCCAACAUUGCCUAUAGAGAGCAGCAACCGGCCAGACGUGCAGCCUGUGGCCUAUGAGGAACCCAAGCACUGGUGCUCUAUUGUUUACUAUGAGCUCAACAAUCGUGUCGGAGAGGCGUUCCAGGCGUCUUCCACCAGCGUGCUCGUCGAUGGCUUCACAGAUCCCUCCAAUAACCGCAACCGAUUCUGCCUCGGCCUGCUCUCCAACGUCAACCGCAACUCCACCAUCGAGAACACCCGGCGGCACAUCGGCAAAGGUGUCCAUCUGUAUUACGUUGGUGGGGAGGUGUAUGCAGAGUGUCUGAGUGACAGCAGUAUUUUCGUCCAGAGUCGUAACUGUAACUACCAUCAUGGCUUCCAUCCCACAACUGUGUGUAAGAUUCCUAGCGGCUGCAGCCUGAAGAUUUUCAACAACCAGGAGUUUGCUGAGCUUCUGGCCCAGUCGGUCAACCACGGCUUUGAGGCUGUUUACGAGCUCACCAAGAUGUGUACCAUCCGCAUGAGCUUUGUUAAGGGCUGGGGAGCAGAGUACCACCGCCAGGAUGUGACCAGCACACCCUGCUGGAUCGAGAUCCACCUGCAUGGUCCCCUACAGUGGUUGGAUAAGGUGCUAACCCAGAUGGGCUCCCCCCACAACCCUAUAUCCUCCGUCUCCUAGGCUUCACUGUCCUCAGCCCUAUGGCUGUCCACACCCCGGCAUUUUGGUCAAAGUAGCAAGAAAACGGUCCCAGAUCAGCCUGUGGUUCAGUCAAUCUGCUCUUCUUUCCCUGAUAACUGAACAUGGUUUUGACUGGAACACAAGCUGAUCUGGGACCAGUAGGGCUGGGCGGGUUGUUAAAUGAGUUGGUUAGUUCUCUACUUGAAGGAUGUCUGAAUUGGGCACAUUUACAGUCUGGGAGAGGAGUAAGCAGAGAGAGCGGGAUGCAACUGGAAGAUACUUGAUCUUUGUGACCAACUGUAAUAAUUAGACCAUCACACUCAUCAUGAUGCAAGUAUCCUCCCUGAUCUUGCUCCCACAACAUCUCCAUAUUCAUCGUUCUAUUACUCUGACUCAUAACUAGUUUGCAUCGGAAUAUUCCCUCUGAAAUACAGAUAUUGUACGCAGUUCCAAAAGAUAUGGGACAUUCCAGGUCACCUAAAUUAUGCCGCUGUCACUUCACUGAGGCUGGCAUGAAAUGUACUUACGAAGUAUGAAAAGUUAGCAGGGAGGCGGAGUUUGACCAGUAUAACAAAAUGUUUUAAUCAUCUCCAGAUACUUAAACAGUUAUAUCAUAUCCUCAGACAGUUUGUAGGCUUAUAAAGUAAAACAAUAUAAAGUGUUAAAUAACAACAGAAUCCCACAUCACAGAUUGUAAGAUAUUAGGAACAGAGACAAUUAGGGUGAGUUUGAGGGUUUAGAGUUGGGGUUAGUGUGGGGGCAUGGCACAAAAAGGGCAUUUCAGACUAUUCAGAAUAAAAGGUUCAUGUUUUAAUGUUGCUCAUCUUGUGUUACGCUCGUGUUAUUAUUAAAAAUAAUAGUGUUUAGAUAUAUUCACUAGAUUAUGUGCUGUGCAGUCUGGUUUUGCAAAGCAUAGUUUGGUUAGUGUAGUGUUUCACAUUUAAAGACUGGUAGCUGAACACACAAAGAAGCAGAGGCAGAUUUUAAGUGCAGUUUAGUUGUUCCCUUGUUGUAUUCUCUGCAGCAAACUAAAUAUGUCUCAAAUACGGAGUCACAUUGAGGACAUAAUACUUCUGUUUCUGUGCAUCAUCAUUCUCUUAUUACACCACCUGAGCAAAUCGUGUAAAAUGACUGUUAUGGGAAAAAGUCGAGCAUUCAAAUUAUAAUUGUUGACUGAGCAAAGGGUAUCAGUUACUGAUGGCCCGGUAUGAUUUUUUUUUUAAAUACAAAAUUUGCCAUUCAAUUCUUUUAUGCUUUAAGCAAUCCUCUUUGCUAUUGAACUGUAUUACUUUCUACAUUCUUUUUGUAUUUUUGAACAUGUUUUCUGUUAUGUUUGUCUGCACUUUCACACAUUGCCUUUGUUUAGUUUUUUUUUUUUUUUUCUCCUCAUGUUUGUGCUCAGAAAAACUCCCAGAAAGCAGUUUUAUUCCAUGAAUAUAAAGCCUCUACUGGAAGAUUCAAUAAAUUUGUUUCAUUACA